AUGCGUGAACUGAAUACAGGGAAGGAAACACAGGCCCCGCGGAUACGUGACGAGUUCCGUGGCACAACUAUCACCCUGACCACCGAAACUGCUCAACGGUAUGAGGGUGAUAUCGCCGGUGUUACCCUCAAAGACAUCGAUAAUUGGCAGUCUGGUCCUGCUGACGCUAAGAUACUGGUUCUCAAUGGCGACUGUGAAUGCGGAUAUCAACAAGAACAAGUCUGCGAACGGGACCUAUACAAGCUUGGCAGCCAUCUGCUGCUGCAACCUCUCCGCCUCCGACAGCGACGCAUCACGAGAGAUCAAUUCGCGGCCAACGAGCAAAUGUUCGGCGUCACUACUUCUUAUGAUUGGGAGGUUUACACCACUAAGUUGGAUCGGACGGCUGCUGACUAUAAGGAGAAGGAGCGUAAGGCUCAGCGUAUUACUAGCGAAAUAUUGAAUCAGAGGAGAAGAAUGAACGUUGACGAUAGCGGUAUGAACGAGGAAGACAAACGCGUCCAUCGAGUGUCCGGUCCGGUUUUGGUCUUCUAG